AUGCCGAAGGCUGCUUCCGCCGCCGCGCAGCGCAAAGUAGAGAUCUGGGUUAACGCUGACGCUCGCAUUUGUUAUGCUAACCUCGAAGCUUCGUACAUUGUCGACGGCCCAUCCGUGACGAGGCGACAAAAACGAAAUGCCCCCGCCGAGCGUGAAGCCGCCCACGCCGACCCAGUCGACACGGCUCCCGGCCACGGCCAGCCCGCGCGGCUCCAAUUCUGCAUACACGCGGCCCCAAUGGUUCCCUGGCCCAAUGAACACGGUACUACUACCAUUGCCGUUGCCGCUGCCGCUGACCUCGAUCCGGUCCAGCCGCCCGAGGUCAAUCACGACGCCGCUCUGCCGCGCAUUGGUGCCGAGCGCGUUGCUGUGGCCGCCGCUCUUGACCGCGAACCGGCAGCUGUGCCUCGUGACGGCGCGAACAGAUAUGGCGACGCCCUCGGCGGUCAGAGGCUCCGCGACGCAGAGGGGGGAUGA